AUGAACUGCGUGUCGGAUUUCUUCACCUAUGAGACCACCAAGUCCGUGGUUGUGAAGAGCUGGACCAUUGGGAUCAUCAACCGGGCAGUCCAGCUUCUGAUCAUCUCCUACUUUGUGGGGUGGGUUUUCUUGCAUGAGAAGGCGUACCAGGUGCGGGACACGGCCAUUGAGUCCUCCGUGGUAACCAAGGUGAAGGGCUUUGGACGCUACGCCAACAGAGUCAUGGAUGUGUCUGAUUAUGUGACCCCACCCCAGGGCACCUCUGUCUUUGUCAUCAUCACCAAGAUGAUUGUGACUGAAAACCAGAUGCAAGGAUUCUGCCCGGAGAGCGAGGACAAGUACCGCUGUGAGUCAGACAGCCAGUGCGGGCCCGAGCGCUUCCCCAGUGGGGGGAUCCUCACCGGCCGCUGCGUGAAUUACAGCUCUGAGCUCCGGACCUGUGAGAUCCAAGGGUGGUGCCCCACCGAGGUGGACACGGUGGAAAUGCCUGUCAUGAUGGAAGCCGAGAACUUCACUAUUUUCAUCAAGAACAGCAUCCGGUUCCCCCUGUUCAACUUUGAGAAGGGAAACCUGCUUCCCAAUUUGACCGCGGCCGACAUGAAGACCUGCCACUUCCACCCUGACAAAGCCCCCUUCUGCCCCAUCUUGCGUGUGGGGGAUGUGGUCAAGUUUGCGGGGCAGGAUUUUGCCAAAUUGGCCAGCACGGGCGGAGUUCUGGGCAUUAAGAUCGGCUGGGAGUGCGACUUGGACAAGGCCUGGGACCAGUGCAUCCCCAGAUACUCCUUCACCCGACUGGACAGCGUUUCCCAGAAGAGCAGCAUCUCCCCAGGCUACAACUUCAGGUUUGCCAAGUACUACAAGCUGGAGAACGGCAGCGAGUACCGCACGCUCCUGAAGGCUUUUGGCAUCCGCUUCGACGUGCUGGUAUACGGGAAUGCAGGCAAGUUCAACAUCAUCCCCACCAUCAUCAGCUCCGUGGCAGCCUUCACCUCUGUGGGAGUGGGGACUGUCCUCUGUGACAUCAUCCUGCUCAACUUCCUCAAGGGGGCGGACCAGUACAAAGCCAAGAAGUUUGAGGAGGUGAACGAGACAACGCUGAAGGUCACUGCCUCGGCCAACCCGGUGUACCCCAGCGAUCAGACCACGGAGGAGAAGCAGUCCACAGACUCAGGGGCCUACUCCAUCGGCCACUAG